UGUAACAAUGAGUGGCCGCGGAAAAGGAGGAAAAGGACUCGGUAAAGGAGGCGCCAAGCGUCACCGUAAAGUUCUCCGUGAUAACAUCCAGGGAAUCACCAAACCCGCCAUCCGCCGUCUGGCUCGCCGCGGCGGAGUGAAGCGGAUCUCCGGUCUGAUCUACGAGGAGACCCGCGGGGUGCUGAAGGUCUUCCUGGAGAACGUGAUCCGGGACGCCGUCACCUACACCGAGCACGCCAAGAGGAAGACGGUGACCGCCAUGGAUGUGGUCUACGCUCUGAAGAGGCAGGGCCGCACCCUGUACGGUUUCGGAGGCUAAACCUGAUCUGAGAUAAACCACAAAUACCAACGGCUCUUUUAAGAGCCACC